AUGAAGAUCUGUCAGUUUGGUUCACAAUGUCUGACUAAAUACUGAUGUAAGAAAAAUGAAGACAAAGAGGAGAAUGUGCAGGAAGAAAUUAAGGAAGAUCAUCAUGGACAUAACCUUCAGGAAAUAAAUGCCAUAGGAUACAAACAAGGAUAUCAUAAUACAGUUUUUAUUGAAGAUUAUGAAUUUUGAAGAAACCGAUAGGAAAUUUAAGCACCAUACUUUUAAAUGAUUCAUAAGAUUCGUAUAAUACAAACCUUCGACCAUUUCUACCAAAAAGCUAUACCUCCAAAAAUAACUAAACCAACUAUCCCCCUCCCAAAAAUCUCUCACAACCAUUUUAACUCCAAACCCAAUCUCUCAACCCCCAAUCCCCUAAAAAUUCUGAAAAUCCCUCAACCCCCAACAAUCUGCCCUCCCAAGCUCGCCUAACCAUCCCCUAAUACCCAGCCCUAUAACAUUCGCAACCAAUCUAGUCCCCACCUAAAAAAUCAGUGGGCUCCAAACUAACCUACGCUUAUCCUAAGAAAGGUAGAAGAGAGUUGAGUAGUCUGUUUGAAUAAAAUUGAAGACUACGAAAUCACUGAAAAAAUUAGGUGCGGCCACAAGUUUCAUCCAGCUUGCAUUCACACAUGGCUUUCAAUAAAACCAAUAUGUCCUAUUUGCAAAACAAUUGACAGAAGAUCCUAAGUUUAUCAAUAUCUCAGU